AUGUCGUCCCCGUCCGCCGCUGUCGCACCCACUGCCGCCGAGCAGCGCGUGGCCUUCCAGUCGACGGCCGUCGUCACGGGCUUUGACGGCAAAGUCGAGUGCGUGACGCACUACUCGUCGCGCGUUGUCCUGGGCGCGCAGGACGGCCGCCUCGUCAUGUACGACACGCGCAAAGGCACGUCCACGGCCACGGCCUCGCACGCGUUCGCGCACGGGAAGCGCGUGGAGCAGCUGCUGGCGGUGCCGCACAUCCGGAUGCUCAUUGCCGUCUCGAACGGACAGCUGUCGGCCCACGGCGCGACGGACCUCAAGCCGCUCGACGUCGACUUUGCCAAAGCCAAUGCCCACCACGUCCGGUUGGUGUGUGUGAAUCAGCGUGGCCCACCUCACUUUCGGCUCGGCGUGGCCUUACUCAAGCGCAAAGCCAUUGCGAUUUACCAGUACUCGAGCGCGGACAAAAAGUAUUCGUUUUUGCGGGACUUUAGUACUCAAGAGGUCCCGGAAGCCAUGAGCUGGUACCGCAACAAAGUGGUGGUCGGGUUUCGGAAAAGUUAUUGUUUAUUGAAUGACAAGUCGGGGGAAGUGACGCCCGUGAAUGUACCAGGGAUUCAAGACGCAACGGUGUUCCCCGUGGUCAAGUUGUUGCCGAAAGAGGAGAUUCUCGUCACGGUCAUGGAUCGAGUUGGAGUGUUUGUGGGCUUUACGGGCGACACAGUGCCCAAGAACUCCAUCACGUGGUCGCAGAGUCCGCAGCAAGUGGAAUUCUCGUCGCUCUACUUGCUCGCUCUGGUGCCACGAGUGGGGGUCGAGAUCCAUCGUGCGAGUGACGGCGUCUUGGUGCAAACGAUGCCAAUCGCGCGCGCAGUGUGCAUGUUUGCGAACGGCAUGAAGUGGGACAUGGAGCCGAGACCGAGUGGCGAUAGCGAAGAUGUCGUGAUGGUCGGCGUGAGGGACUCCAACGGCACGUCGAGUGUCAUGAAGGUCGAGCCCAUGCCGCUGGAUCAACAGGUUGGCGAGCUGUUGGAUCGUGGACAGAUUGACGAGGCCCAAAACUUUGUGCGUAUGUCCAUUGCGUCGUUAUCAAGUGAAAAGCAGCGCAGCAAGAUUAAACGUUUCCAGCGUCAGGCUGCAGUGGCGCUGCUGCGGCGGUUGGAGUUUGACACUGCGGUUGACUACAUGUACCGUGCUGCUAUCGAGCCGUGUGAGUUCAUCGCGUUUUUUCCUGAUCUCCAGUGCGCAUCCUUUGCCUACGAACCUUCCGUUUUCAAGCCCGAGGUGCUUCCCCGCGGCAGCAGCUCGGCACCGGAUAUCACAUCAGUUGUUCAAGAACUGCUUUCAUCGCCGCGCGCGCCUUUGGAUAGCGACAUUGCCAAAAGUGACGCUGCGGAUCUCGUGAAUGCCGCGCAGAAAGCUCUUCUCAAGUUUUUGAACCAAUACAAGAAACACCAGCGAGACAAGGCCCGGGCUCGUGCAACUCCUGCGUCAUCUUCGAGAGGCGGCUCUGCUUCGAGUGGAGGCAGUCCUAAAGACGCACGUCGUGUAGAAGCGAUUGAUACUGCACUUUUUCGCCUAUACGUUCAUUUCAAGAGGUACAAGGAACUGCUUCUUCUCAUCCAGGAGCCCAAUCCAGACGUGGAAGGUCCGCCGGGAUCUCCUGGAGGUUGUGCUCUCGAACUCGAAGCAUGUCAAGCGCUGUUGGUGAAGCACAAUCUAUACUAUGAGGCUGGCCAGCUGCUGUACGCUCACCAGAAGUAUGACGAGGCUCUGGAGAUAUUCGCUCUCUUGCAUCAUGGCGAGUACAAGCAGCGGAGUGGUUCAAGUGGCACGCCAAAGUCCCCAAUCGAGGCGGCGAUCGAUGUUUUGGUGGCAGUACCUGAUUCGGAAAGCGAGUUCAUCUUCAAGCAGUCGAUCUGGAUCAUCAAGGCAACGUCUGCUAAACACGCUUUGCGUAUUUUCACGGAUCGUCGGCCACCGCUGCCUUCGAACGACGUGGUAGCACAUUUGCGAGAGCAUUCAGAUGACCCCGGUAUUGUCCAAAGGUAUCUCGAAACCCUUGUCAAGGCUACUGGUGAAACUGGCGCAAUUGUGGCAGGAGCGACAGCUGCUGCGGGUGACAGCGGAAGCGGAAACGGUGGAAAGGGUAGUAAUCGAGGCUUUUCUGCCGUUGUGGAUCCAAGCAGUGCAGAGCUGGGUGUGAAUGACAGUUACAGUAACUUUCUAGCUGGUGAUAACGAUGACGACGACGAGCCCGCUCGUGUGCCAAGUGGUGGCGUGGUAUCAAUUGCUGUCGAUCCGCACCACACUCGCUUGGCACUGGAAUAUCUUGAUGAGACCCUUCGGCUUGUAGCAAAAGGCGAGGUGCCAUCAAAAUCCCAGCCAGGCAAAGAGUCUGGCGCGUUAGGUGACACGCGCAAGAGACUGCUGAAGUUUCUCAAGUCUGGCUCUUCACGCUAUGACGUCGCUCCGCUUGUGGAGAAAAUAAGGGGCAAGCCGUUAUACAACGAGUUCGUGAUUCUUUGUGGCCGAGGCGCGCUGCACGAAGAAGCCAUCACGUCGCUGGUGUACGAGCUGAACGAUUUGCGCGGUGCCGAGAGCUACUCUGUCAAGUACGGAGCGCGUGCGCCGUCGGCUGGAUCGGCCGCACUGGCGAAGCAGAAGAUUGGAGCUGCCAUGGAGCGCAACGAAGCUUUGAUGAAGUUGCUCAAGAUCUGCUUUGCUCCUCGUGACGAGUCAAAAAAGGCAGCAUUUCAUGACUUUGGCUUCCAACUGCUUGCUCGCCACGGUAAAAGCCUGGACAGUGCCGCGGUGCUGGAGAUGGUACCACCGAGCACGCCGUUGUCAAAACUGGGUGAAUUCUUUGCACAGGCGUUGCCACACAGUGCACACAACGUGCGUGAGGUGAGCAUUGCCAAGUCGUUGUCAAACGUCUACAACUUGCAGAUCCAAUGCGACCGCGUAGAGCGUCUCACUCAGAGCGUACAGGUGGAUCCGAACACGCUCUGCCCUGUGUGCCGCAAGCGUAUCGGUGACAUCGUGUUCGCCGUUUAUCCAAAUAACAAGGUCGUGCAUUACAAUUGCACCAACAGCAAUCUCCAGCUUUGCCCCGUCACGGGCGAACACUUCACCUGA